AUGUGGGGAGUCAAAUUUGCCAACGAUGAGCCUUUUGUUAUUUCCAUCUUCGGCAUCCAAUACCCCACCGGAGAGCCAACCGACGACCAGGAACAUCUCACGGACGAAUUUAACGCACUGAUGAAUGAAAACCCGGUAUUUGUGUACCGAUUAAUGAAAGAUGGUCGUGGUUCUAUUUCUGCCGGAAAGACCUUCAUCUGGCUCACCUACUGGAAGACCCAUGGGGACUAUAAAGCUUGGUGGGAGCAGGAAGAUGUCUCUCACUUUUGGAAAGACCUCCCAUCCGAAUCUGGCAUGUGGAGGGAGGUAAUGAAACCUUCUCCGCGGCGAAGCCAGUAUGGAACCAAUCAGACGUAUGAGAAUGGAAUGGGUCAGUUGGGCACCAGAGUCUCUCUUGGCGAGAAAUCCAGUUACUGGGGAUGUUAUCGCCACCGAAUGGCCGACUCUUCUGUUGAUAAAUUCGCAUCACCAACCCCUGGUUCCAAGCCAAUUUGUCCUCGGGCACCUGAAUCGAAUCUUGAUCGGCCUGGUCGAGUCCAACAUGUGGAAAUCGCCGACAACCUCUGCUUUGUAGUAGAGGGACAGGACCAUACUGAAUUGUUAGCUGAAGAGCGCAAUCACUGGUUCGAGAAUUUUGAUGGCAGUUUCAACCAGUGGGUCAAGGAUCUUGUAGAUGCUGGACCCGAGGCGGGAAUCCUUGAUGCUAGAUUGUGUUAUGAGCCCGGUAGUGGUACAUUCUGCGAUUCUGAGCCUCGGGCUCUGAGUGCUCUUCAGUACAACAAGAAAGUUCAGUUGUUCUAUUUCAAGGACUUGAGCUAUAUGGAGCGGAUCGGGCGCCUCAACAAAGGACAUGUUGAUAUGAGAAAACGCUUCCUUGAAUCGUAUGGAUCCGAGGGAGAAAUGAAAGAUGGGAAGAUCUGCUUGUGGGUAGAGACCGUAGUUCUGAAAGCGGAUGAGGUGGAGUGCGAGUAUAUUGGAUGUGCCGAGGGCACUGGUUUUAUGCCGACAAUUGUGAAAUCUUCAAUUUAA